AUGACUGGUCAGGAAGCCAUAACAACCAAAUCGGACUCUGGUCGCUCUGGGACCCCCGACGAAAAGCCAGCGGUCGCCAUGGUUGAGGGGCAACAGAACCUUGAAGCUCUCUCCGAAGAUGACGCUCGGUUCUUGUCCAGCUUCCCGGCCGAGGCCAAGAAGAGAGUGAUCCGGAAGAUUGAUCUCCGCCUCAUACCGAUGCUCAUGAUCCUCUACCUAAUGACAUAUCUCGACAAGACCAACAUUGGUAACGCCAAAAUCGAAGGCCUCCUGCCGAGCCUCAAGAUGACGGGCGACCAGUACAACAUUGCCCUCUCCGUCUUUUUCCCUCCAUAUAUCCUCGCCGAGGUUCCUAGCAACAUCAUAAUCCAAAAGUUCAAGAGGCCCUCUACAUAUAUGGGAAUCAUUAUUGUAUCAUGGGGUAUCGUAAUGACUCUGACGGGGAUCGUGCAAAACUUUGCCGGCUUGGUGGUCGUGCGGUUUCUGCUUGGUCUAUUUGAGGCCGGAUUCUUUCCCGGUGCGAUCCUGAUGAUAUCGCAGUGGUACCUCCCCAACGAAACGCAAAGCCGGAUCGCGUUGCUAUACAGCUCGGCAGCUACUGGUGGCGCGGUCUCGGGGCUAUUGGCCUUUGCCAUCGCCAAGAUGAAGGGGCUGGCAGGCCUGGAGGGAUGGAGAUGGGUUAGUAUUCUUUGCCAGAUUGUCGUUGAUGCUUUGCGUCGUGCGUCCACGCUGAUUCGUUUCGCUGAACGUCUGCAGAUUUUCAUCAUCGAGGGCAUCCUGACCGUCAUUGUUGGUGUGGCCUGCUUCUGGCUCCUGAUCGACAAGCCCUCACUGUCAUCGGCUUGGCUGACGGCCGACGAGAUUCGCUACCUGGAGCUCCGCCAGCUUGCGCGAAACCCAACCGCAUACAAGGCCGAGGACGGCCACGUGACGACCAAGAAGCAUGGCCACUUUGACAAGCAGGCUCUGGUGGCGGCGCUGACGGACUGGAAGAUCUACCUGCUCACGCUGGGCAGCUGGUCCAACGCGGUGCCCAACUACGCCAUGAAGUUCACCAUGCCGACCAUCGUCCGGUCCAUGGGCUUCAGCUCGGCCCAGGCCCAGCUCAUGACCAUGCCGCCCUACAUCGUGGGCGCCGUCUCGGCCUUUGUCAUCUCGGCCCUGGCGGACCGCCGAGGAUGGCGCAUGCCCUUCAUCGUCGGCCCGCAGCUGGCCGUCGCCGCCGCCUUCGUCAUCCUCUUCACCAAGGCGGCCGAGAUCGAGGCCAACGUGGCGCUGUGCUACUUUGCCGUGACCCUGGCCAACGCCGGCAUGUACCCCAUCUUCCCGGGCGUCAACGCCUGGAACGUCGCCAACCAGGCCGGUCCGGCCAAGCGCGCCGUCAGCAUCGGCCUCCUCAUCUGCACCGGCAACAUCGGCGGCGUCGUGGGCAGCUACAUCUACAAAGACGACGAGGCGCCCCGCUACGUGACGGGCUACGGGACCUCGCUGGCCUUUGUGGGCUCGGGAAUCGUCGCCGUCGCCCUCCUCGAGUUCCUGCUCUGGACCUCCAACAAGCGCAACGCCAGGCUGGCCGAGGACGAGGUUCGCGCCAAGUACACGGACGAGGAGCUGGAGCUUCUUGGCGACCGAAGCCCGCUGUUCAAGUAUGCACUCUGA